AUGGCCUCCUACCUUGCAAGCCGCUUCCCGACGAUUCUCCCGUCGUUCGACCCUGUUCCUAAUCCGUUCAAGUUGGUUGCGUUGGUCAAUCGGCGGCAAUGGAUGUUCUUUUCGGUAAAGUCUCUAUAUUUCUCUUACCCGAUUGGAUUUGUCGCCUGGACGUGGGAUGCCUUUGACUUCUUCACGGUGGCAAUGACCGUCACCGACCUCAGUGAGACAUUCGGAAAGACCAGAGAAGAAAUCACAUGGGGUAUCACGAUCACACUUAUGUUCCGGUCUGUUGGCUCGAUCAUCUUCGGGAUCCUAUCGGACCGCUACGGCCGCAAAUGGCCAUUUAUUGCCAACAAUAUGCUCUUUAUCGUCUUUGAACUCGCCACGGGUUUCUGCCAGACCUUCACUCAAUUUCUUGUGACGCGUGCUUUCUACGGUAUUGCAAUGGGCGGUAUCUAUGGCAACGCUGCUGCUACAGCGCUAGAAGAUGCCCCGGAGGCAGCUCGUGGCCUCUUGUCAGGUAUGAUGCAGCAAGGCUGGUCGUUUGGUUUUCUUUUUGCGACCAUUUUCGCCCGUGCUUUGGUCAAUACCACUUCUUACGGCUGGCGCCCACUCUUCUGGUUUGGCGCCUGCCCUCCUGUGCUAUUCAUUAUUGCUCGUCUGUUGAUGCCGGAAACGAAUGUUUACCAGCAACGAGCUGCGGUGCGAGCUGAGAUGGAUAGCCCUGGCAAAGUAUUCUUCAAGGAAGGCAAGGUAGCGCUGAAGAAGCACUGGAUGCUACUUAUUUAUAUGACUAUGCUCAUGGCAGGAUUCAACUUUAUGUCGCACGGCUCGCAAGACCUCUACCCAACCCUACUCAAAUCGCAAUUCGACCUCUCGGCCAACCAAGUUACCGUCACCCAGGUUGUGGCAAACCUAGGGGCAAUUCUCGGUGGCUUAGUUGCGGGUUAUACCUCCCAAAUCUUUGGCCGACGGUUCUCUAUCCUCUGGACGUGUGUGAUAGGUGGUACGCUGCUCUAUCCCUAUACGUUUGUUAGCAACGAGCGAGUUAUGGUCGCGGCGUUUUUCGAACAGUUUUGUGUCCAGGGUGCCUGGGGUGUUAUUCCAAUUCAUCUUAUGGAGCUGGCCCCUCCAUCGCUACGAACCUUCGUCGUUGGAACAGCGUACCAGCUUGGGAAUCUGGUUUCGUCGGCAUCAGCCACUAUUGAAGCCACCAUCGGCCAGCGCUUUCCCCUGCCAUCCAAGGUUGUCAACGGCAAGAUUGUUACUCAUUUCAAUUAUGGCCUAGUGAUGUGUAUCUUCAUGGCUUGUGUCUAUGUAUACGUGAUUUUCUUGACCUUUUUGGGCCCUGAGAAGCGGAGUCGUCCUAUGGAUAUCCAGGAAGAUGAUGAGAUCCUUCCUACCAAGGAAGCUGAGCUCAACAAUACCAAUUCUGGCCAACCGACCAAGACUGAACAUGUUUAG